GUGGUAAUGGACUUGCUUUAUCUGCGCAGCACGCUUUCCCGUUUUGGUAGAGAGAAGUUUUGUGCCGACAGCGGUGCGACGAACACUUUUGUGAGCAGUAGUCAUCAAAUGUUCGACUUGAGGCCAGUGCCGACAGGCAAAGAGUACAUUCAGGUUGGCAACGGUGCCUAUUUGCGCGUACAAUGUGUGGGGAAGGUCAACAUGGCUUUCCACAUGCAAGACCAGGGAGGAGAGCUUGAUUUUUGCGUGCAGAUGUCGGAUGUGUACGUUGUGCCCGGAAUCACUUUCAAUUUGUUUUCGUUGCACCACACGCAGCGUAAGCAACGGAUCGUCCUUGACGAGACAGGUGUACAUCUCUUUGAUGGUAGACUUUCCUUCGCAUACUCUGACGUAGGAUGCUCGCUCUGGGCUACGCGAUUGCCCCAGGAUUACUGUGGUCGUGCUGUGACCUCUAGCCCCGAUGCCCCUCCCCGUGUGUCUGCCCAAGCGUCCCCGCCUAGCAUUGGCACAGGAUUUGUUGCGGCCACCCCUUCCCUUUGCCAGAGUGCAGGAACGGGCACGAGUGCGAGUGCGACUUCUUGCUUCCAGUCCGUCGCACCGGCCGGCGUUGUACCUUCGACUGCAGACGUCCAGCCCACCGGAUCCGACGGUGUAGUACCUUCGAGUUCGAGCGUCCCCUCUACCACUUCCGGUGUAGUGCUUCCGAUUUGUGCUUUUCCGUCCGUCGACGUAGACCCAACCCCCACGACGAUCCCCGAUUUUCAGCCUGUGAUUACGGCUGCCGUAGAAUCGUCUUCGAUUGUGUCUCCCCCUGCCGUAGAGCUGACAGACUUUCGCGAGAUAGAGAUCAACCCCCUUUUUUCCCAGGAUGCAUUACCAAUCAUGGACAUGAGCAUGUUUCUGGAUGUUGGGUUGAUGGAUGGCAAAGACACGGUCCCCCCGGGUGAUUUUUUUCCUGAUGCGCUUGAAUUAGCUGAGUCUUCGGAUCCACCCCACCUUGCAUUCACUGUGCAGCAUGAUGAUUUGGAAGUGUUGAGCGGUUUUCUUUCCGAGUGCAAUGAGCAGCAGGCCGCAGCCCCUCCGUCUCUUUCCCACGCGUUGGCGAUUAUCGCCCCCGGUGCUUCCCCCUUUUCGGUAGGAAAAUCCACGCCCACCAUCGACAUUAACCUGUUCCACGCUUCCACCGGCCACGUAAAUGAAUUUUUGAUGCGUGAGACUGCCAAGCAGCAGGGUGUUCGGCUGGUCGGGGAGCUGCAGCCAUGUGCUGGCUGUGUAGAGGCGAAGGGCAGGAGGGCCCUGGUGCCGCGGCGUGGGACACGCGCGGCGGUGCCGUUCGGCAAGGUCCACAUCGAUCUCACGGGCCCGUUCACCGAGGCGAUGGACGGCUCCCGGUACCCGAUCAUGUUCGUGGACAGCGCAUCGCGGUGGCAACGGGGGUAUGGGAUGCGGGCGAAGAGCGACACCCUGAAGUACGUGAAGCGCUUCUUGGCCGACAUGAACGGCAUGGGCACUCCGGGAUGUUUCCGCAUGGACAACGGCGGCGAGUUCACCGGCGCCGCUUUCAUCGAGUUCUGCGACGCCGCUGGCAUCCGGCGCGAGUACACCGCGCCGAACACCCCCAAACAAAACGCCGUCGCCGAGAGCGCCAUCUGGCGUGCGAUGAAGGGGGGCCACGCCGCGCGACGCCACAUCCUCUCCAUGGCCCACGUCGACCUCGCCUCCGUCCCAAACAUCGGCGCCAACGGACAACGCCUGUGGCUCUCGUCGGCGCUCUGGACAUCCGGUUGUUUCAACCGCUCCGCGACGAAGGCCAAUCAGGGCUGGAUGUCGCCGUUCGAGGCCUUCUUCGGCCGGAAGCCGCCGCUCAACGUCGUCCCUUUUUUCCAGGAGGGGAUGAUGCGGGUCAAGCGCGCCAUCAAAGCGGACGUCCAAUCCGUGCGUUGCUUCUACCUGCACGGCGCCAACAACCACUCGACGGUAACCGCCGUUGUUCUCCGCGCUGACACCGGCCGCCUCGCCCUCACCAAUAACUUCGUGUGGGUCAAUCGCCGAGCAGCAGCGCCGGCGCCGGUACCGGGCAGCGGGGGGGGUUCUUCGGUCACAGCGGCGCCCUCGCCGGCCGCCGCCGUACCUGCGGCCGCUGCCGCACCGCCGCCGCCCCCGCCAGCGAGGACCUACAUGUACACUCCGCAUGCCCCAGCGACCACAGCAGCGCCGCCCGCUUCCCCGUCGAUCUUCACAGGAUCUUCAGCGCCGUCGCCGAUCUCCGUCGCACCAUCCUCAGCCCCGCCGUCGACCGCAGCCACGCCACCCCGUUCGCCGCCAGGCCUGACGCCGCCGCCGCAGCCCGCCGACGCCGCCUCCCCCGCUCCUUCGCACUCGCCGCUGACAUCGCGCGCCUUCAGGGAGUUGGGAGGAUCGAAAGAAUGGCGUGGGGCAGCUGGCAGGGUUCACGGCCGCACACGCGGCGACGGCGUACGCUUCAUGAACGAGCAGCAGAGACCGCCGGCGCCUCCCGAUGGUGACGCCGCCCAGCAUCGUCUUGGCCUGUUGGCUAUGAUGGACAAGGACGCCCUGAUAUCUUCACUGGCGACCCGGGAGGCCGUCGGCCAAGGACGCCAUGAACCACCGAUGCCGCCGCCGCCGCCGCCGGAUCCGAGCUUUGGAGACCGUGGGAGCGGGGGGGCUGUGGGAGCUGGGGGGCCCAUGGUAUCCGGAGGGGGGGGAAGCCAACAUGGGUUCGCGGCGAAGUUCGCCACCCGCGAGGACGUUGACGCCGCUCUUCGCGCCGAGCGCCCACCUGACAAGGUGCCCGACCUUCCGCACUGCAUGGCCGGCGACCUCCGCGAGCCGAAGACGUUCAACGAGGCAAUGCGGUCCCCGCACUCAGAGUUGUGGGGUGAUGCAGUAGAUCCAUUAGCGUGUGAGCAGAAUCUUGACUUGUGCCAUUUCGAUAUUCAGCAGGCAUUUGUGCAGUCGGGCCUUGAUGAGGAUGUUUUCAUGCGCUUACCGCAAGGGUGUGGUAGGUUAUCUGGCUUGAUCGUGAAGCUAUGCAAGAGUCUGUAUGGUUUGAAGCAGGCAUCACGACAUUGGCAUUCGCACCUGACGAGGUGUUUGUUACUUUUAGGUUUUUUGCAGUGUCUGGCAGAUGCGUGUGUUUUUCGAUUGAUGGAGGAGGGACGUGUGAUCAUGAUCAUCGUGGUCCACGUGGAUGACAUUUUUGCUGUAGGGCAGAAGGAGAGGUGUGACAAGUUUGGCGAGGACCUCAACGAGAUGGUCCCCGUGAAAAACCUUGGAGAGUUGAGGUGGUACUCUGCGUGCUUUUACGAGAGAGACGUAGAGAGAGGGCUGUUGAGGAUUUCGCAGCAGAGGUUUGCCGAAGAGUUGGCUGCAGAGUACGGAAUUGAGUGGGGGAGGAGUGUGCCCUUGCCUGUGAGCGUGAAGCUCACCGACUUUGACGAGAACGAAGCGUGCGCUGAUGUCCCUUUUCGCGAGUUGGUAGGAUCUCUGAUGUGGUUGGCCACUCAAACAAGGCCGGACAUCGCGAACGCAGUACGAGCAGUAGCGUGGUAUUGUGCAUCUCCAAAGAUGGUGCACUGGAAGGCAGCACUCGGUAUUUUAGGGUACGUACGGAGGACGAGUUGGAUGGGGAUUACAUUUGAGAGGGGAGUGGUGACUGGGAUGAGCAUGCAGGUGUUUGUGGAUGCCGACUAUGCAAGCAAGGCGACAGACCGUAGAUCGGUGUCAGGAGGGCUAGUGAUGUGUGGGGGAGGGUGUGUGACUUGGUUUUCGAGGACACAAAAGUGUGUCACGCUUUCCACCACGGAAGCAGAGUAUGUGGCAAUUGCCGAUGUCUUGAAGGAAGUGUUGUUCCUGAGGCAGGUGUGGCGUUUUAUGUUGCCAGAUGCAGGGAGCUGGUAG